AUGUCAUUGAAAGAGCAGUUAAAAAGACUAUCUUCUCCGGCUUCCGCUGCCUUUGCUGUUGACGCUGUCAGGCGGAAGUCUCUCGUUUAUGAUAACCCCCAGUCAGUCGAUGCACAGACAUGUUACCGAGAUUGUUUGAAAGCUUUUAAUAGAUUGUGCGAUGUUGACCCAGAACUAAGGCGUCUUAGCGAGACGUUGUUUUCCUCCUCAUCUAUCAAACUUCGAAUGUGUAAUCUACAUCCCGCUCAUAAGGAAAGGAUCGACGAACAAAUAUCUUUAUUCAUGUUUUUGAUCAAUACGCAUGUGCGAUCUCCUGAUGCUAUUUGGACUUUUGAGUGGUUGGUAUACAAAUUUGAAAUACACUUGCAUUAUCUCGAUGAAUUUAUGAUGGUUCUUAUUCCACACUAUGAGACGGGUUUCUUCGCCAGUUGUAUACAACUUUUUGACUAUAAGAAUCUGUCUCCCAAUUGGCAAUGGCUGCAGCCCUUCGCUGAGUGCGGACUGCCUUUGAGUCGUCAGGAUUUUCUGAAAGCUUGCUGUAGUCAACCACAUCUUGUUCCCUUUAUUGGGAUGUGCAUGUGUACUUAUGCUAAAUAUGAGAGUCGUCUCCAUUUGAAUAGGAUUCAAACCUUUGCAAGCUUUUUCGUUUCUUCCGUGUCCGGAUUAUGUGACCUGGGUUUAUCGGAAAAGAAGAUUACGAAAAUAAUGAAUGCAUUGCAGGGCACAAUCAGGAAGGGUUUGCGCAGCAGUGAUGUGUCUUUUCGGUCCGCCGCCAGCAUGAUAAUCGUUCGUCUUGCUCUCUCCUUAAAGCUCAACCAUGAAUUGGUCCUAGACUGGAUUCGAUGCAUCCUCAAGCAUCACAAGGAUGGUGCCGAAUGGGAAAUUCUUCGAAUCAGCAAUCUUUUAAUGCGAACUCAGUGCAUUACCGCUUUGCCCGACGAUCUCUCAGUGCUGCAUGAAAAGCUGCUAGCUUUCCUAACGCCUCUUGAGCGUGCUUUACUCGAAAAAGAAGAAGGCAAAAAUUAUGAAAAUUUGGAUGAUAACGAGCUUGCGUCUAGUAGUUUAGAGCAAUCAAAGCGCGUCCAAAAGGCUACGUUGGUAAUGGACGUAAAUACCUGCAAUCAAAGUAAGCCUUGGACAUCGCUACCACCCAACAUGGCAGGGGCGGAAUCUCGACCUUUGCUAACAACUAGACGAGUACUCAGAAUGACAUUUGACGAGUUGUUCAGUGGUAAUCCAGAGUUGUAUAAGCUAUUUGAUACCGUGCGUAUGAAAAUUGGAAAUAGUGGAGUAUGUGCGAUAAAUCAUCCUGCUGGGAAGUGCUCUUGUCUGGAGGCGCCGAACAUAGAGACGGACGACUGUUGGCUGGCUGAUUUUCUCAUUGUUGCGGUACUGCAGUGCACCCAAUCAGCACCACUAAAGGAUGAAGCGGAAGACGAAGGUGUGACCGCCGCCCUUAAGUUACGUCAGUGUAAAGCCGCUCUUCAGACAGUCGCACGUGCAAUCGAUGCCGCACAGUCAAUUAAAUUGCCAUCUCGACAUUCCCCGAGAUCACACAAUUCAUACUCUCCAAGCUCAAAGCCUUUCCAAUUAUUGGGCGCGUUGGACAAAGCUUUUCCCUGUGUGUUGGCCACAUUGCUUCAUCCAAGUGGAGAUAUUCGCGUGGAAGCUUAUGGUCUACUUCAGCGUUUCGUCGCGGUGUUUGAGAAAUUGCCUCCUACUACAUGCUGUCCAAAUGUGGAUGGCUUCUUGUCAGACUUAAAGUCCGAUGAAGGCAUUAUUCCUGAAUCAUUGAAGCAGUUGCUUCAAGGUGACGCAUUGCCAGCACUGGUCCACAUCUCCUCUAGCCUCGUCCGAUCGGUUUUUCGGUUGUUCUGCAGACAACCUCUAAAGGACACACCAUUUUCUCAGAUGUGCUGGUAUUCUGCAACCCAACUUCUGGACAACAAACUGUUACAAUCGAUUUUUGAUAUAAUUGGUCCUCCUCCGUUGGAGAGAACUGAUGCAGACUCGCUGACUGGGUGGUCAGCUCUGCUUCAAGUAAUCCGAUGUCCCAAAUUCAUCAGAUUCAAGGUUGCGCACGAAACUUGUGUUGAUAAAUUUGAUUCUUUCACGUUGCAAAGUCUUUCCGCUUUGUCAACUCCUGCACUUGGAAGGAGUGAAUUAAUUGGAAUUUCCUUACAUGAGGCUGAAUUUCUUGGUGCUCUCAUAGAUCUUGCUGGUUCGCAAACAAUGUCACGAAAUGUGUCCAACUUAUUUUCGAGACUGCGCCUGAGUACUGACCAUUAUGUCUACUGCCUUGCAAGAUUGGAUCCAGUUCAUACUCGCAAUUCUCGUCAACCUCUAUUUUUGAGAGUAUCAAAUUCUAAGGUUCGAAAUGAUCAUAAUUACGGAAGAACUAUCAACGUAGAGGAACCGUCAACAUCCACAGAGUGGAGAAGAUUGCGUGCUCUUAAGGCCAUUUUGACGGCUCUAGCCAAAGAUAUUCACCGUCUGCAUGAGGCCUCCUCCACCAUCCUUCAAAAUGAGCAAGGUGGUAGUGAAUUGAGUACACCACUGUCCUCAGCUGUCUCUCGACUGAAAUGUAGAGCCAAGCGGUGCGUGUCGAUUCCUGAUAAGAGGAAUAUGAAUUUUCCGAGGAGAAGUCUCAAACAGAACGAUGCCGAAUUAGACGAGAAAAAUAAGGACUUGGUUUUUCCUCUUAACAGUCACUUACUUGCUUGUAUCGCGGCGGAAACACGUUUCCAACACGAAGCCGCUAUAAAAAGGCGCCUGGGCGAUCGAAAGCGUACUGUUUCCGCCAAUUCUAUCUUCCUUUCGGAAAGUAGCGAUGAAGACGAGGGCGUUCAGGACGUAGAUAUGAAGAUCACUCCCCCCAGCCAAGAUGAAUUUUACCCUGGGAAGAAGGAAAGUAGUACUGUUAAGGAAAGCCAUACUGUUGUCGAGGCUGACAGUAUGCAUGAGCAGACCUCAACUUGUGCCUUCGAGGUACUCGUGAUUCUAAACAAUCUCUUUGCUGAAGGAAACAAGUUGAGGAAAUGUGGGAAGCCUAGAACGGUACAGACAUAUCUUAUGCCCACCCCAUCCGUUACUGCAGCAAUGGACACAAUUUUCCGAUGUCUUUCUGUAUUCGAGGAAAUGCCUUCCAUUCAACGUCAAGUUAUGCUUUGUCUCAUAGAAAUGGCAUCUCUUUUUCCAGUAGUUCUGUGUAAGAACUUGGUGACCCUUGUUCAAUGGGCCGGUGGUUCUGCCAAUGGUCACCAUUCCAUGAUCUUGAGGUUAGAUGAUGUGCACAACCUCUCUCUCUUGGGACGUCUCACAUCCGUAGCCGUUCCAGCUCUUGUGCAAGCCUCUAAACAUCGAGUCGAUGCCGGGCUCCGCGUUCUCGACGUCUUUGUUCGCGGUCUGCCUGAUCUCCCUCCCCAUUUACCGCGGCGUUCGCUCGCUCUCUAUGUCGGGCUUCUCCGCGGUUUGGCACAAGUUGUAACUCCCACCCCCGUGUCAGUCAUCACGGAAGACGCAAAUGCUUUUAGCCCUGGUGUCGGCAGGCGAGUCACCAAGCGGGUCGCUCUGCAAGGUUGGUUGUGGACGGCCGCUGCUUUCUUCCUCAACACCAGCUGGCCUUCCCAUGAAACAGCUGGUCUUGUUCCUCCCCUUCUGAUCAACUUAUUCAAUCAAUUUGACCUUUCGGUACAAUUGUCAUCAUGGCAACAGUGCCUAAUGUUCUUCAUUGACUUACUCUGCAACUCUGAUGGCAUGGAAGAACAAAACGCAUCCUUUCCCACUGCUAAACGGCCACGGUCGGAAACUUUAACAGCCGCUUCCCCUGAUCGUCGAGCAUCAUCGUCCAUCAGCGAUUACGGGUUUCUGCUGAAGCACCUCUCUUGCUUGGACUCUUCUAGUGAAGUAACAACCACCCGCUCACCGCUCAGUCGUAAAAGAUCGCGGGUUGAAAAAAAUUGUCCGACUAGCGGUGUUCGUCUCUGGCCUUUGCUUUCAAAACUAAGCGCACUCUUAUCAGACCUCCUCGAUAGUGCCGGCCAUCACCUACGCCAAAAAGAGGCCAUUGAUCGUGGGUCUGAGACAGUGGUUCAAGAAGCCUUCGGUAGCGUUGUUGGGCUCACCGUUCAACUACUUCUCGCGUGCUCGUCCUCUCAACUCGAAGUGUCCGGUUCUGAGGACACUGUCAGUAGAAGAAGUGCUAUUCAAAAUCUACAGUCUCUAUUGGUCAAGAUGAAUGGAUUGAUGUCAAAUCAGGUAUUUUUGGACUCAGUGGCUAGCUUGAUGUCUCCUCUUCGUUCCAACUUAACAACGAAAGCACUUGAGUUACUUUUGGCUAAGCUAGAGAACCUAACUGCCAAAUGUCCUCGCGCAUCCGCUCUUCUUACCUCUGCGUCGACAAAACUCAAGCCUUUGCCAAAUAUGGAGACGUCACUUGAAAGCGGUCUCAUUAAUAUUUUCGAUAAACUUUCCUCAGAUCUGAUCAAUGUCUCCUCCUUCUUUGGCGCCAAUAGAGGACAAGCUAGGCUCAACCAUUUAAAAUUGUUCUGUCUUCAAAAAAUGGCACAGUUAUUGUGUUCUCGACACCCCGAUCGGUUGCUUAAGACGCUGGAUGGCCUUGUUCUGGGUCCAAUUUCUCGCUGGUGGCCUUCUUUUAACGAAACCGUCAUCAACGCUACGCGCAUUGCAGCUUAUGCUGCAGAGUCGCGUUCUAUGGCGUGCCUGUUUAUUUUUGAGUGUCUGGCUCGCCUCCCACUUUCAUUCACGUCGAUUUGCGCCACUUCCGCCUCGGUGACCACGCAACUUCGUAUGAGACACAUUAUUCGCUUUGCUCUAGAUCACUCUGCUACGGCAUGCCACCUUUCUGAGAAACCCGUUGGGAGCACCACAACUCUCUCCGCUGGCAAGUUUCAUUCACGCGAACAGCACUUGCAGGCUGGUGUAACUCUUUUACUGGGCGCUUUCGAAUUUGGCAUGCGAAUGUCAAAGAAUUGCCGAGCGAGUCCUCAAACAAACUCAAUAUUAGAGAGUCUGGGAGAUGAGGAGACGCCCGCUGCCCAGCAUGGCGGGAAUGAGCCAUAUCUGCCCUCUGAAACGCUGAAUGUGUCCCUUUUGUCUUUCAUCUUCCGCACCACCCAUCUCGAUCUUCUGGCUGCCACCGAAGCCAAAGCUGAUCGAUCAACCGUUACACUGAAGCAAUGCACAGCUAUUAUAAGACGUCUCCGAGGCCGAUUUGCUUCACUUCCUGACUCGUUGAAUCUGCUUAAACUAACCUAUGAUUUAUUGAAGGAUGCAGUCCCGGAGACUAAUGCAGUAGGUCUUGCUUCCAUCAUUUUAAGAAGUAUUUAUCCUUCUAAGCCAUUUUUUCGGCAGUGA